AUGACUCCUGUUUAUCUGAACCCACCACCCCCUUCUUUUGAACUUGAUGGAGAGCAAAAGCAUGAACAACAUUUGCAGCUGUUCCUGUCAUCAUCACAUCCACCACCUUCUUCUCUCUCAUGUCCUACUUUGUUUAGCGCAACUCAAGAUCAAAGAAUGACCGUAAUUGAAGAGUCACAACAACAUGAUCAGAAGGUUAAUCAGUACAUGGCUCAAGGAGGAUCAAGUGAUGUACAUGUAGUUUCAUCUUCUUCAAUUCAGCCGAUGAUGAACGAUGUAACCAAUGGAUAUAACAUGUCGUUGUGUACAAGAGAGGCUACAGAAGGAAAUAAAAGUACUGAAAACAGUUCAGCUAAAUGGAUGUCCUCGAAGAUGAGACUAAUGGAAAAAAUGAUGAACUCGACUUGCACAGAAACCGAAGAAUCCGUCAAAAUUACCCAAAGGCAAAAAUUUCAAUAUCAGAUGCAUGAUACUAACGAAACCAGUUCUUUUAAUAACAGCAACAACACCAUUAGAGUCUGCGCAGACUGUAACACGACCACCACACCCCUUUGGAGGAGCGGCCCUCGUGGUCCCAAGUCACUUUGUAACGCUUGUGGUAUUCGGCAAAGGAAGGCAAGACGGGCCAUGGAAGCAGCAGCAAAUGGCACAAUUACAGCCACCGACUCCAAGAUUAAGGUGCAAAACAAGGAGAAGAAAUCACGUGCAACCCAUAUUGCACAUUACAAAAAACAAAGCAAUAAGUCUCCAGAUCCUCCUCAUCAUCAUCAGCCCCAAAGAAAGCUUUGCUUUAAGGAUUUCGCUCUAAGUUUGAGCCAGAAUUCUGCUCUUAAACAAGUAUUUCCGCAGGAUGUUGAAGAAGCUGCAAUCCUGCUAAUGGAACUAUCUUGUGGCUUCAUUCAAAGUUAGUUUUAUUUUGAUUGGCAUUUUGAAAUUCAUAAUAAU